AUGACGAAAUAGAAGAUAUUCAGAAAGAAGCUAAACAAGCAACCACUUUAUCAGAAGCAGAACUUAUAACAAGAGAUGAGCUUAUAUUAGAUGGCCCAUCUUCUAAAGAUAAUAACAAAGAAAAUAACCCUCUUUAA